UCUAGAUCAUUCAUCUCUAACAAUGGCGUCUUCUCAAAUCAUCUUCUCCAUUCUUCUUCUCUUCAUCUUCUCACUCUCAUCAUCAGCUCAACCAUCUUCCCGUCCCAAAGCUCUCCUUCUCCCAGUAACAAAAGACCAAUCUACCCUCCAGUACACAACCAUCAUCAACCAACGCACACCUCUCGUCCCUGCUUCCGUCGUCUUCGACCUCGGUGGCCGAGAACUCUGGGUCGACUGUGACAAAAACUACGUCUCAACCACAUACCACUCCCCUCGCUGCAACUCCGCCGUCUGCUCACUUGCCGGCUCCAUCAGCUGCGGCACAUGCUUCUCACCUCCAAAACCUGGCUGUAGUAACAACACUUGCGGCGCUUUUCCAUCUAACACCGUCACCGGAUGGUCAACUUCAGGCGAAUUUGCUUUAGACGUUGUCUCUAUUCAGUCAACUAACGGAUCCAAUCCGGGUCGGUUCGUUAAAAUCCCGAAUAUAAUAUUCAGUUGCGGAUCAACCUCUCUUCUUAAAGGACUCGCUAAAGGAACCGUUGGUAUGGCUGGAAUGGGACGUCACAAAAUCAGCUUACCGUCUCAAUUCGCCGCUACGUUUAGCUUCAACCGUAAAUUCGCCGUGUGUCUUACUUCCGGUAGAGGCGUCGCCUUCUUCGGCAACGUACCUUACGUUUUCCUCCCCGGAAUCCAAAUCUCACGUCUUCAAAAAACUCCACUUCUCAUCAAUCCGGGGGUAUAUUCACAAGGUGAGUAUUUCAUCGGCGUGAGGGAGAUUAAGAUCGUGGAGAAAACAGUUCCGAUCAAUCAAACGCUAUUGAAGAUCAACAAAAGUACUGGACUCGGAGGUACCAAGAUCAGCUCCGUAAAUCCGUACACUGUGUUGGAGUCAUCGAUCUUUAAAUCUUUUACGUCGAUGUUUGUUAGACAAGCAGCAGCGAGGAACAUGACGAGAGUAACGUCGGUGAAACCGUUUAGCGCGUGUUUCAGCACGCAGAACGUUGGCGUCACGCGCUUAGGAUACGCAGUGCCGGAGAUUCAGCUUGUGCUUCAUAGCAACGACGUAGUUUGGAGAAUCUUUGGAGGUAACUCGAUGGUGAGUGUCAGUGAUGACGUUAUCUGUUUGGGUUUUGUUGACGGAGGAGUCAACGCGAGAACCUCUGUGGUGAUUGGAGGGUUUCAGUUGGAGGAUAAUUUGAUUGAAUUUGAUUUGGCGAGUAACAGAUUCGGGUUUAGUUCUACGUUAUUGGGCCGUCGCACUAACUGCGCCAACUUCAAUUUCACUUCCAUUGCUUGAUUACUUUAGUUAAUCAUUUUCUUAAAAAUAAAAGUGUUUCAGUGAC